AUGGAUACGGACCUCAGGCGUAUUCUUGCCGCAGCCGAGAGUACACUCAGAGAUGCAUAUAAGCUAUGCAGCGACAAAUCACCCGAUCGUAAGAUGACGCAGCAGCGUGCGAAGAGACUAAGCAAUUUCCGCAGCGACGAUAGCCAUAUGAGCAGUGCAAAAGCCAGCAAAUUCCGCAGCUUUAAGAACGAGUCAUCCCUUACCUCCUAUUUCCGGAUCACAAAGCAGCUGUUGGCAUACUAUUACCGGGUGGUAUAUCAUGUGGAUGGCCAUUUCACAAGAGAGGGUGAAAGCCAUGCAGUGCCGCAGGACAUAAUCGAAACAACCCCUCUGCAACGACAAGCCAUGGAGGAUGUCAUCGGUGCGUUGCGGAGGCGAGAAAAGGCGGCAAAGGGGAGGGGGGCGCCAAGUUGCGAUAAGAAGGAAGGUAUAGCUACCAGGGACUAUGAUGAGUGUGACGCCGAGCUGAAGCACACCAUCCGCAAAUUUUACAUCUCGCUCAUCUGCCAGACUGUCGGAAGCAGGCCAUACCGGUCUGCCAUCUUGAGCUUCUGUGCUAUGCUCAGCCGGACGAAGGCUCUGACGCGCCGGGUGGAUAACGAGCAGCACAAGCGGUGCACAUGGCGCGAACCAGGGAACUUCAACAGCAAUCUAUCGGCACUCACCUGGACUGCCCAGCUCAUCCUGUUCGACUUCGUGUGCUUCCAGAAGCAGGACGACGAAGACGGAAUCCCCGAUCUGCUGGAUCAAAUGUGCAAGAAGCACUUUCAGCAGAUGGCGGAGACACCUUUCGGGCAUGUACUGCAAUGGAGGCUAUAUCUCUUUGCGGCCUCCCGCACCAGUCUUACCAAGCACCAAGCCCGCUGGUCCCUUGAUGGGGAAACGGUCGACUAUAUGGGGACGAAGCUACACAUGGAACAAGUGACACAGCUGGUCGAGUCUGAGUUCCGCCAGGCGCACUCGCUUCUGUAUGAUAAGCUCUUGUUUGGAAUGAGGGAUGUUGCUCCGAUCGAGGCGUGGAGGCUGCACGACGAUCUAGAUGUAGACGACUACGGCGCUUCGUGGUUGACAGACGGGAGGAAUCGAGAGAUACUGGCGGGGACGCAUGACGCCCUGCUCCGACAGAUCGAAGAGAGGGCGGAUCUACGGCAGGUAUUCGUGCGGCUGGAUCCAGACGGUGGGGUUCGCCUCUGCCCCAAGGCGAUAGCUAUCUAUGAGGCGCAUGUUCAGGAGUUCCUCAAGAGGAUGCUGGCACCCAUCUCGGUUCCUUCGGGCCCUCCAUUACGCUCCCCAGAACUACUCUCCAUCACGUACAUCAACACGGGUGCCCGCCGCCGAUCGGUAUUUCUGUGGGAGAAGAUGGUCAUGAUAUAUGUGCGAUACAGUAAAAGCCAGGAACAGACCGGGGAGGAGAAGGAUAACAUCAGGUUCCUACCCCCGGCCGUCGGAAACCUCCUCUUGACAUAUCUCGCGUUCGUGCUGCCGUUGCGUCAGGCCUUUCUGCGUCAGAGCAAGCCGGGGGCUCUACUUUCGCCAUACCUAUGGUCAAAGCUUGGUGGCGAGGUCUGGAGGGACGGUAUGGUCUCAUCCUGCCUCCGGAGGGCAUGUAUGCUGGCAGAGGUGCCCCAGUUCCAGGUGGCAUGGUGGCGCCAAGUUGCUGCUUCUAUUACAAAGGAGAAGUUCAGCGCCAGGGAGCAGGCUAAUUUCGACAUGGGUGAGAUCGCGGCAUCUGAAGAAGUUGAGGAUGAAGCGGAUCUUGCGUACCUUGCCGGGAUGAGCAAUCAUAGUUUCCGGACAUUUAACUAUAGCUAUGCCGGCAGCACGACCUUGACCGUGACAAGCUCACUUCACCGUGCCUACCGAGCGUCUCAAAGCUGGCGGUCUCUGUUUCGGAUCGAUCAAGUGCUCCAGGGUAAGCGGCCCCCUGCCGUAUCGGAUACACAAGCGCAAGGGCUACUCAAUGCUUGCAAGAAGUUCACCACCUUUGGUUUUUUCCCCGAUUAG